AUGGUAGCUCUGGCAGGGGAGGGCGAGAGGAGGGCAGGAGGCAUAGUUUUGUCUGAGUCUCACUCUCAUGUCGACAUAGACUCAAAGAGUCACGCCUCAUGGAAUCAUGGACUCAUGGUCCUGGGCCCUGGGGCUGGCAGACCUGGACUCCUGUCAGGACAUGUCGGUCGCGACAUGAAGUCGGCAGCUUUGCUGGUGGUUGUAUCGUAG